CGCAACAUCGACGGCGCGAACCCGUUGUGUUCCACAAACAUGUCGUGGAUUGACGUCUGCUUUUAGGAGGAGUCCAAAAUGCCGUCAGGUCACUGCCGACGUCGUCUAUCGACCACGUCGCAAUUCUGUUCAAUUUGAGAUAAAACGCAACGCAAUACGACGUGAUGAAAUCUGUAUACAAGUUGUUCUUGCUGUGCCUUAUCCUCACCGCGCUCAUAAUACUGCUGAAUGUGACCACCAAUUUCUCUAUCAAGCUAUACGACCAACCAUCAGCGAGCAGGGAGCGCUUGGCGCUCUCGAAGAAGUCCCCAGGUACCCCGUCGACAAGCGAGGUGACGAUAUGCGUAGUUGUAUGCGGAGACAGACUGCACGAGGCCCUAACUAUGCUGAAAUCAGCACUGGUCUUCACCAGCAGGCCGCUACAAUUCAUAAUACUGGCUGAACAGAAUUUGAUACCAGCCUUCAGCGAGAAGCUGUCAGAAUGGCGACUCAUAUCCAAUAAGACUUUUGAUUUCCUGGUGCGGCCCAUUACCUUCCCGGAUGGUAGCGAUGUGGCCAUGUGGAAGAAGCUGUUUAAACCUUGUGCGGCACAACGACUGUUUCUACCAACUGUACUGAAUGAUACGGAUGCGGUUCUCUACGUGGAUACAGACACUCUGUUUCUGGCGCCACCCGAGAAAGUCUGGGACAAUUUCAAGAAGAUGAACUCCAGUCAGCUGGCAGCCCUCAGUCCUGAGCACGAGGAUCCCAACACUGGUUGGUACAAUCGAUUCGCCAAACAUCCAUAUUAUGGCAAGUUGGGGGUCAAUUCAGGAGUGAUGCUGAUGAAUCUGACGAGAAUGAGGAAGUUCCGAUGGACGGACUAUGUAAUUCCCAUUCACAAGGAGUAUAGACUGAAGAUAACCUGGGGCGAUCAGGACAUUAUCAACAUAAUAUUCCAUUAUCAUCCGGAGAAGCUAUACGUAUAUUCAUGCCGGUACAACUACAGACCUGACCAUUGCAUGUACAUGUCAGUAUGUGCGGAAGCGGAAAGAGAAGGUGCUCUGGUAUUGCAUGGUUCCCGUGGCACGUUUCACUCGCAAAAACAACCACCUUUCAAGGCCAUAUACCGGGCCAUGCAGGAAUAUCAAUUAAACAUGGACCCAUACGACGAACUGCUCGUACCGAUGAGGAAUUACUUGAUGAUGGAAGAUAAAUCGAACUGUGGUCGCGUCUCAAAGGUGUUUAUCAUCCAACCAGAGCUGCAUCUAGCUGCCCGUAACUUUUAA